AUGCAUUACAAAAUUAUAUUAUAUACUUCAGAUAUUGAGAAGAAAGCUUUGUCGGGGAAAACAAAGAAUAGGAAAAGAGAUCAGGAGAAAGAAGUUAGUACAUAUAGUUUGCGGAAGAGGGAGAGAAAAACAUAUAUGGAAAUAAAUGAGCCAAAUGAUGAUGAUUACUUGUUUUGUGAAUACUGCCUGCUAUUCUUUAUUGAUGAAUGUUCAGUUCAUGGUUCUCCAGUUUUCAUCAAGGAUACAACAGUAGAAAUAGGACUGGAAGAGAGGGCCACCCUCACUUUACCUCCAGGUUUGAGAAUUGGCCCUUCAGGUAUCCCCAAAGCUGGAUUUGGAGUGUGGAAUGAAGGAGAAAUUCUGUCUCCAGGAAUUCAUUUUGGGCCCUAUGAAGGGAAAAUAACAGAGGAAGAAGAAGCAGCCAACAGUGGUUAUUCUUGGCUGAUUACUAGAGGGCAAAACUGCCAUGUUUACAUUGAUGGAAAGAAUGAAACUAAUUCCAACUGGAUGAGGUAUGUUAACUGUGCCCGGAAUGAGGAAGAGCAAAAUCUUGUUGCCUUCCAGUAUCAUGGGAAAAUCUACUACAGAACAUGUAAGAUAAUCCUUCUUCAUUCUGAGCUUCUGGUUUGGUACGGAGAAGAAUAUGGAAAGGAGCUUGGCAUCAAGUGGGGCUCUAGAUGGAAAUCAAGAACAGGAGAGAAGCCAUAUUCAAGUGGAGAGUGUGGGAAAAGCUUCAGCCGUUCAGGAGCCCUGGCCGAGCACAAGCGAACGCACACAGGAGAGAAGCCAUAUUCAUGUGGAGAGUGUGGGAAAAGCUUCAGCCGUUCAGGAUACCUGGCUCUCCACAAGCGAACGCACACAGGAAAGAGGCCAUAUUCAUGUGGAGAGUGUGGGAAAAGCUUUAGCCAGUCAGGAGACCUGGCCAAGCACAAGCGAACGCACACAGGAGAGAAGCCAUAUUCAUGUGGAGAGUGUGGGAAAAGCUUCAGCUGUUCAGGAAACCUGGCUGUCCACAAGCGAACACACACAGGAGAGAUGCCAUAUUCAUGUGGAGAGUGCAGGAAAAGCUUUAGCCAGUCAGGAGUCCUGGCUCUACACAAGCGAACGCACACAGGAGAGAAGCCAUAUUCAUGUGGAGAGUGUGGGAAAAGCUUCAGCCGUUCAGGAGUCCUGGCCGAGCACAAGCGAACGCACACAGGAGAGAAGCCAUAUUCAUGUGGAGAGUGUGGGAAAAGCUUCAGCCGUUCAGGAGUCCUGGCCGAGCACAAGCGAACGCACACAGGAGAGAAGCCAUAUUCAUGUGGAGAGUGUGGGAAAAGCUUCAGCUGUUCAGGAGACCUGGCCAAGCACAAGCGAACGCACACAGGAGAGAAGCCAUAUUCAUGUGGAGAGUGUGGGAAAAGCUUCAGCUGUUCAGGAGACCUGGCCAAGCACAAGCGAACGCACACAGGAGAGAAGCCAUAUUCAUGUGGAGAGUGUGGGAAAAGCUUUAGCCAGUCAGGACACCUGGCUCUCCACAAGCGAACGCACACAGGAGAGAAGCCAUAUUCAUGUGGAGAGUGUGGGAAAAGCUUUAGCCAGUCAGGAGUCCUGGCCGAGCACAAGCGAACGCACACAGGAGAGAAGCCAUAUUCAUGUGGAGAGUGUGGGAAAAGCUUCAGCUGUUCAGGAAACCUGGCUGUCCACAAGCGAACACACACAGGAUAG